CCUGCAAGCGGAGACGGAUUUUGUCUUCUAGAGUUUUGAUAAGCCAGGACAAAGCGGGCUCAGCACCAUCUUCUUUGGCCUGUCCCACUCUUUGUCGCAGUGCAGGUUCUGUGCAAUGAAUCAACCGCCAUCACACAGGAAGCUAUGCAGAAAAUGCAACCAACUCGAACUUGGAAGAAUGCUAGCUAUUGAGGUCAACGAGCGACCGAUGGGCUCCAUCUCCCACUAUCACAGCCCGACCUGCCCAUUUUGUAGCAUGAUUGCUAAUGCAAUAAAGCUGGCCUCGGCCGAUGGAUGGGACUUGACCACCAACUCGCACACCAAGUCAUCCCCUCGGCUCUUCAUCCAGAGUCGGAGCCCAGUGUCGGUGAAAAUUAAUGGAUACAUGCAUUAUCCCGGUCCGCGAUUACUGCUUGCAGUUGAUCAGAAGACUGAUCAUCGGCAGAAUCGCCGACCACUUCGCGAGAUUGAUCGGGUGAAGGGAGGCAGGUAUAUUCUGGCCGAAAUUGAACAAGUGUCCAACAAAUCCAUGAAUGAUGGCAAGAGGGAUUUGAUACGACGACGAACUAUUCCGACCCAGCUGAACAUUUCCCUAAUGCAGAACUGGCUGAAGCAAUGCAAAACACACAAGCACUCCACUGCAGCACCCAAAAAGAUAGGCACUGGCCCAUUUGAUAGCCACUCUUUCCGGUUGAUCGAUGUGGCGCAAGAAUGCUUGACACACCAGAUAGAGAAGUGCGAUUACGUGGCAUUAUCCUAUGUCUGGGGUCAAUCCCCAACCAUCCUGACUCCUCAUCAUAAUCUUGAAAGCCCGAUUCUGGUCACAACUCGACAAAACAUUAGUUUAUUAUCUCGUCCGCAUGCCCUAUCGGAGUCAUGUCGUGAACUGGGAAAGAUUCCUCGUACAGUUUCCGACGCGAUGGAGCUGACUCGAAAGAUCGGUAUCCGAUAUUUCUGGGUGGACACGCUGUGCAUUGUGCAGGAUGAUGAGCAAGACAAGUCGCGGUUAAUCAGCCACAUGGACGACAUUUAUGAUAAUGCAACCAUCACAAUCAUGGCCACAACGGGCGAUAAUCCAGAUGCAGGAUUGCCAGGAAUUAGUCCACGGGCAGGUUGUCCAAUUAAGCCACACAAUGUCCUCGACGAAACAAAUGGCCACACCUUGUCUCUGUCCCUUUCUUUGCCAUCUUUGUGUCAUGAAGUGCGGAAAGGCAUGUGGAGCACUCGUGGAUGGACAUUCCAGGAGCAAAGUCUAUCACAGCGCUGUCUGUACUUUACAAGGAACGAAAUAUUCUUCCAGUGCCCGGACGUUCAAUGGAGGGAAGGGUAUGACUACGAAGACGGAGGCCCAUUAGAAGCACAAAUUCAGAUUCGCACUGGGCCUCCAUGGUGGAGUAAGAGGCUCAGGAAAGAUCCGGAUCCGACCCCUUAUGAUUACCUUGGGGAUCCACGCAAUGGAUUGGAUGCUGAAAGCUAUCAACGCUCUGUUCAAGACUACAGUCGAAGAAAUCUCACAAAGCCUGAAGAUAUACUCAAUGCUUUUGAGGGUAUUUUCAACAAGUUCCAGCAGGUGCAGGAGGGUCCCAGAGUCCUAAAUAUUAGCCAGGCUCAAGGCAUCCCUCCCCAUCUCAUGGCCCAGGCAUUACUGUGGUUUCCUUCCGACACAUGCCAGAGACGCGAAUCAGGAGAGGCUUUUUCCACCUGGUCCUGGGCGUCAUGGCUCGGCCCGAUAGAGUUCAUUUUUGCGGAAAGCCUUUGGUUGUCGAGGAGCAUCUCACACGCCCCCCGGAAAAAUUCACCAGUGCACGUCGCAGUUGCCCAAUGGCAAUUUGGUGAUGCGAACAGCUGCUUUUGGUCGCACCGUCUGUGGCAGGCUUCAGAGGAUGUCCGAAAGGAGAAAGAAAAGCACAAGCUCAAAGACUAUUGGAUCACACGAAAGUUUCUCAGCGAUGUCAUCGGAAUCCAUGUGAAAAGACUGCUAAGCAAAUCGCUUGGUUCGUUGCAGGUCCGUCUUAUUUGUGGCCAGCUGGGCUUCAUUGGUGCAUACCUGGGCUGCGGUGACUUUAACAUCGCACUCGCCGGCACUGAGCGGAUCAAACCAUUAGAUCUGCCUGGAGGCCAUGCAGGGCAGUUCAAAUACGAUGUCAAAAGCGACAGCAACUCUUUCGUUCCGGCGACCGAGCUAGUAAUUAUUUGUUGCACGACCACUAUCAUGGGUUUACCGCGGACAGUUAUGGUCUUCUUGGGUGUGGCCACAAGGGAUGGGGUGUCUGUCCGAGUGGGAGUGGGGUAUACGUACCUUUCCAAGGAUACAGGAGCGUCCAAGCCACGCUGGGGUUAUAGAUUUUUCGUCGUGAAUUAAGUGAGUCCUAGUGAAAUAUAUCAAUAGCUCUAGUAUCGCCGCUCAUAGAGCUACCACUAGUCACUCAUC